AACGUUGUUUUGUUUUUUUUGGGUGUAAGUCGAGUGUAAAAUAGCUAGCUUUUGACAAAAUCCGCAUCCGGUCUAACCUACCAAUUCUGAAAACGAAUAGAACCCGCACCUAACCUAGAACCUGUCAACACUGACUUCAACCCAAUUUACUCUGAGCGAACCGGAUUGGGUACCCACGGGUCGGGUUCAAUUCUCAUGACCUUAAGCUAUCUAUCUGCCUAUAUCUCCAUUCUCCAUUGCUAUGGAGUUAAUGGGUUUCCUCUGUACAUUAUGGUUUCUGACUGAAUGCCAAUCUUUCCAAACCAAACAGUCCUAGUAGUGGAGGAAUUGAAUGUACCCAUCCAUCAAUCCUUUCUUUUCCUUUGUUUUUUGAAGUGCAAAUUCUGAAUCAGCAGCUACCAUAACAUAAUGAACCCAUCUGACGAAUGAUCAUUAUCACACGGGGGAUUUAUAUUUUUAUUGGAUCAUGGACACCAUAAUUAAACCUAAAAAAAACAUCAUCACCUUGUGCUUAAUUAUGGCAAUUAAGUUUUUUCACCCAUUGCGACAAAAAGCUGGAUCCAAUAACAUGGGUUCCUAUAAGUAAUUAUUUGUCAUGAUGAAAUCCAUGCAAAGUGGUCACAUUAAUGUAAAUGUGCUCUUGAGUUUUAUUCCUCCCACCCGGCCCGAUCAACCGCUUUCGAGAAAAAAAAGUAACCACCGAUAAGAGCGUUGUAAGUUCGUGUUGUCGGGUAAUUUUCAUGAAUGUCGGAAUCAUCUCGAACGUAUGCAUAAAUGGUCAGGGUCUCGUCAUAAAACAAAGAUGAUUAAAGCCAUGAAAUAAUCAUGUGGCAUGGAUAUAUGAUUUUAAAGUGCAAUUCCAGCAUUUUGCUCUAACAAUGAAGCUAUAUACAGAGAUAUCAUCAUCUGUAGAGGGAGGGCAAAGUGAUAUUGCAUAGCCUCUCCUGAUUAAAGCUAAAGAACAUUGUUGUCAUCAAACAAUCAAAAGAGGAAAAUAUAAAGAUAUCACUACCCACUACUACACUGCCUUCCUUACCUUACCACCAUUACAAUCAGCAGCUAGCAUCAAAACUUUUCCUUUUGCCUCUUUUCUUUUCCUUUUCCUUUUCUUUUCUACCCUUAAUCUCAACUUUAAAUUUCAGUUAUCCAACGGCUUUAUUAACUCUCUUUUUCCAAUUUUUACCACCAUUUGUGCAGCAGUAAAACUAUCAGCAGCUUUUCAUUCUCUUCUUCAAAUACAGCAAGCAAUUUUGCUUCUUCCCAUUUCUUCCUUUCAUUUCUUCCUCCUCUUUUACCUCUGUUCUAACCCUUUUCUUCUUCUUCUUCUUCUUCAUCUCAUCUUCUCCCAGUGGGGCAAAAGGGAAGCCAAAGGGAAGAAAAGGUAAGAGGGUAAAGAAAAGAUUAGCAGCAGCAGCAAAGGAGAAGAAAGGAGAGGCUUAGCUUCUUCUUCUACCUUGUAUUUCAAGACACUCACUCUCUUUUGCUUUUUCUCCUGUGUGUAAAGAAGCAACAAUGUUUGAUUCCAAAAACCCAUUUCCUCCCUUCUUCAGAUUCCAUCUUCACCACUUUUCCUCCUCCUUCACUGUCCACCCCAUCUGCAUAAAUCCUCCCAAGUGACAACAAACAAACAAGAGGGAAAUUUUCCUGGGAAACAAACAAAGUUUCUUGUAGCAUCUUCUUCUCUUCUUUUCUCAUGGUCAAGGUCAUGGUCCCUCCCAUUGUUCUUCUCAGCACCUUAUUCGCUAUUCUCACCGCCUCCACUUGCUUUGCUUCCCUUCUCAAUGACUUCCACACCUUGCUCGCUCUUAAACAAGGACUCCAGUUCCCCGAACCGGCCUUGAGCACAUGGAACGACUCCAGUCCAGGCUCGGUCUGCUCGUCCUGGGCUGGAGUUCACUGCUCAAGAGGCAGAGUGGUUGAAUUGGACUUGACAGAUUUGAAUCUCUAUGGCUCCAUCUCACCGCCUCAGCUGCUCACGAGGCUCGACCAGCUCACGAACCUGUCUCUCGCGGGGAACAAUUUCACGGGCACCAUUGACAUCUCCAGACUGAGCAAUCUCAGGUUUCUCAACAUCUCGAACAACCAAUUCAGCGGCGACCUGGAUUGGAACUACUCGACUCUGCCUAGCUUGGAGCUCCUCGAUGCCUACAACAACAACUUCACAGCUGUUCUCCCACUUGGGGUUCUGACCAUUGGGAGGAAGAAUCUCAGGUACUUGGAUCUUGGUGGGAACUAUUUCUACGGGAGAAUCCCAGCUAGCUAUGGGGAGGAGCUUCAUGGGUUGGAGUAUCUUUCCCUUGCAGGAAACGACCUUCAUGGAAGAAUCCCCAGUCAGUUGGGGAAUCUCACCAACUUGAGACAGCUUUACUUGGGGUAUUACAAUGGCUUUGAAGGUGGGAUACCAGAACAGCUUGGAGAUCUUGUCAAUCUCGUCGAGAUGGACAUUUCCAACUGCGAAUUGGACGGCCAGAUUCCACGCCAGCUGGGGAACUUGAAGCAGCUCAAUACCCUCUACUUGCAUGCAAAUCAGCUCUCAGGUUUCAUCCCAAAUGAGCUUGGCAACUUGACCAACCUGGUCAAUCUCGACCUCUCCAACAAUGCACUUACUGGCGAAAUCCCGGUUGAGUUCAUCAAUCUCAAGCAGCUCAAGCUCUUCAACCUGUUCAUGAACAAGCUGCAUGGUUCCAUCCCUGAUUACGUUGCGGAGCUGCCAAACCUGGACACACUAGGCCUCUGGAUGAACAACUUCACUGGUGUCAUUCCUCGGGACUUAGGCCGGAAUGAAAAGCUUCAGGUUCUUGAUUUGUCGUCGAACAAGCUCACCGGAACGAUCCCUCCUGAUCUAUGCUCAUCCAACCAGUUGAGAAUUCUGAUUCUGUUCAAGAACUUCCUUUUCGGGCCUAUCCCCGACGGGCUAGGUACCUGUUACAGCUUGAGUAGAGUGAGGCUGGGGCAGAACUACUUGAACGGCAGCAUUCCAAGUGGGUUCAUUUACUUGCCUUUGCUCAACUUGGCUGAGUUUCAGAACAACUAUCUCUCUGGAAAACUGUCUGAGAAUGGCAACAGCUCAUCGAAUCCCGAAAAAUUGGGGCAAUUGGAUCUCUCAAACAAUCAGCUUUCAGGUCCACUACCAUCCUCACUGUCAAACUUCUCUUCUCUCCAAAUCCUCCUUCUCAGUGGCAACAACUUCUCUGGUUCAAUCCCACCCACCAUUGGUGAACUCCAUCAAGUUCUAAAGCUCGAUUUCGCCUCGAAUUCGCUAUCCGGUCCAAUCCCCCCUGAAAUCGGCAACUGCAGCCACCUUGCCUACCUCGACAUUAGCCAGAACAAUCUCACAGGACCAAUUCCACCAGAGAUUUCCAACAUCCACAUUCUCAACUACCUGAACCUAUCCAGAAACCACCUCAACCAAACCAUCCCAAAAUCCAUCGGUUCAAUGAAAAGCCUCACCAUCGCCGACUUCUCCUUCAACAACCUCUCCGGGAAGCUCCCCGACUCCGGCCAAUUCUCCGUCUUCAACUCCUCCUCCUUCGCCGGGAACCCUCAACUCUGCAGCUCCAUCCUCAAGAACCCCUGCAAUUCCACAACAAACCCAAAUGACAAACGGGCGAAAUCCCCUGACAAUUUCAAGCUCGUCUUCGCCCUAGGCCUCCUGAUCUGCUCCCUGAUCUUCGCCACCGCCGCGAUCGUGAAAGCGCGGUCGUUCAAGCGGUACGGCGAAUCGGAUUGGAAAAUGACGUCUUUCCAGAAGGUGGAGUUCAGCGUGGCGGAGAUUCUCGAGUGCGUGAAAGACGGCAACGUGAUCGGCAGAGGCGGCGCCGGGAUUGUCUACCACGGGAGAAUGGGAAACGGGUGCGAGGUAGCGGUGAAAAAACUCCUCGGGUUCGGGUUCGGUCCUGGCGGAAACGGUCACGACCACGGGUUCCGGGCCGAGAUCCAAACCCUAGGCAACAUCCGGCACCGGAACAUCGUCAAAUUGGUGGCGUUCUGCUCCAACAGGGAGACCAAUCUGCUGGUGUAUGAGUACAUGAAGAACGGCAGUCUAGGGGAAGCCCUCCACGGCAAGAAAGGCGCCGCCACCGCCUCCGCCGGCGGUGCCGGGAUCCUGAGCUGGAAUCAACGGUACAAGAUCGCGAUUGAAGCGGCGAAGGGGCUUUGCUACCUCCACCACGAUUGCUCACCGUUGAUCGUCCACCGCGACGUCAAAUCCAACAACAUUCUGCUGGAUUCCGGGUUUGAAGCCCACGUGGCGGAUUUUGGGCUGGCCAAGUACCUCGUCGACGAAUGUAUGUCCGCCAUUGCUGGCUCCUACGGCUACAUUGCUCCCGAGUAUGCAUACACGUUACGAGUGGACGAGAAAAGCGACGUGUACAGUUUCGGGGUCGUGCUGUUGGAGCUCCUGACCGGAAGGAGACCGGUGGGGGAUUUCGGGGACGGGGUCGACAUAGUGCAGUGGAGCAGGAAGGUGACGUGUCAGCGGAGAGAGGAGGUGAUGAGCAUCGUGGACCGACGGCUGGCGGUGGUGCCUCGAGACGAGGCGAUGCACCUGUUCUUCAUCGCCAUGUUGUGCAGUCAGGAGAACAACAUCGAGCGGCCCACGAUGAGGGAAGUCGUGCAGAUGUUGUCGGAGUUCCCCGCUCACCACUCUAACAGUUCCGCUCCGUCCCCUUCUUCCUCCAUUGCCACCACUCCCACUCAACAGGGGAAGGGUGGAGAAGAAAAGGAGGGUAAAACCCACGAGAUCUAAGCAAGACCGUGCUUUUGGUUUGAAUGAUAAUAUCGAUUCUUUGAAUUUCUUGAAAGUGAUUAUUACUAAGUAGUUGUGUUUUUUCCUAAAGUGGGGUUUGUGUUCCUUCCUUCAUAGAGUUUCUUUUAUUUCUUUUCUUCCUUUCUUUCCUCUUCACUUUUGCCCCGUUUAUCCCCCCACUCGUUGUCAAUGUGAAGGGCCUUGACUUGGUUUUGUAAGUUUUGCCUUUGGAGAGGUAGUGAUUAGAGUAGAGUGUUAGAGAGAGGAUGGUAUUUGGUGAUCAAGAAUCAAGAUAGAUAGAGAUGUAAUUAAGGGUUUAAUAAUGUUUAGAGGGUUACCCUUCCUUUUGAAGAAGUGGGAGUGGGGUUCUGGAGGUAGGGUUGCAAAUCUUGUAAUCGAGAUUGUGCACGAUCUCAAUUAUUAUUUGUAAUAUAAUAUAUAUACACAUGCUCUAUAUGAUUGCCGGGCAUGUUAUGUUUAUUGAAUGUGGCAUAGUAGAUAAUUACGUUCUUGAUAAGUUGAUAUAUAAUUUAAACAAUAUAAUCGAUUAAUAUGAUAUUAUAAGUCACGUGUAACUUAUUUAUUUGGUUCACAUAUGCCUAUUAAUUUGUUCAACUGAUCCAGUAAUGAAAUUUACGUAUCACCAACGUACAAUACAAUUAUUACACAUCAAAUCCUAACAUUGAAAAUGGGACCAAAUUAGAGAUGAGAAAAAUAUAUGUAUCCCUGAAAAUUCGCUCAAACCUAAUCUAAUUAAGUAGGUAAAAAUCUGUAGCACCAACAUACGAGUUUUUCAUAGCUAGCAAUUGGGCCCGGCCCGUUCGCCGGUGCGUUGCUGGUGUUAUUCAUGUACAUAAAGUUUAUAAACUGAACUUAUACUUAGCAAUUUUUGCUCUUUUCAAAAAAGUGAAACACCAAAAUGCAAGUUGCAGCUAGCAUAAACUCACACAUCCAAGUUGUUAUUGUUGUUAUAAACACACUCAACGAAAGCUGCUAUAGUUAUAUACACAAAAAUUCAUACUAAUUUCAACCUGAAAUUACAAUUGUCCAUGGAGAAGGAUAACCCUUGUUAACAAUCUCACCUUUUGGUAGAAAUUGAUAAUCAUUCAUUUUGAGUGAUUAUAGAUGGGCCCACCAAAGAGGUAAUACAUACAUUCUAACUCAAUGUGAAAACGAUUUAAUCUUAUCAUUACAUAUACUUGCUAAAUUAAAUAUCUCACUUCAAAUCCCAACCUACAACCGUACCCCUAACUUUCCUCAAAUCUCAAUGGCUUUGGGCUUUCUCUUUGGAUUAUGGGCUUGAAUAAUUAUUGGAUCAUUUCACAACCAACGUUUCUUUUAAUCAUAUGUAAGGCCCAACAAGGACUCACCAGUCGGCCCUUUACAAUAAUUCCCUUUCAAUAGGUCCGUUUACUAUAAUCAUGAAGUUUCUUAUUUUCUCCCGUAUUUCACUUUUUCGCUCAUAGUUCUGAUGUUCACAUAGCUACCGUUAGGGGCGGAGCCAGGAUUUCGAGACCGGGAAUUGAAAAUAAUUAAAUAAAAUGUAUGCGGCCAAGGUUGACCGAACCCAUGCGCUUUAUAACAUUAAUCAAGUUUGGCUACCAUU